AUGGCCCUACUAAAGGACUGGCCGUUGCAAAACAUUAUAUAUACCAGCAUAGUCGGCGUCGUGCUUUUGAUGGCAUGCCUUGAGUGGUUUCUCUGGUUGGCAGCGUUCGUCUAUUGCCUCGUCAAAGUCUUUAAAAAGGCAGAACAUUGGUCCAUUAAUGUCUUGUGCAUCAUUGUUGGCGCUGCCUUUGUUCUCUUCCGGGUCAUAUUCCUCCCAAUCAUGAUGGUGACACUGCCACUUCCGGAUACCAUUACAGAGCUGUGGCCGAAAGAGAUGGUGUCCUUUCUCCAGUGGUUUGCAUUCUGGACCUUCGCGAUCCUCUUGACAGUGCCAUGGUUGUUCUGUAUCUAUCAAGUCGUGACAAAUCAACUCGGUCGAACGAAGCGUAUGAAACAGGUGCUCGAUGAUGUUACUGCGCCAAAGGUCAUCAUAGUCAUGCCUUGUUACAGAGAGGAACCCGAGGUUCUCCUCAAAGCUGUCAACUCAGUUGUCGAAUGCGAUUACCCGCCCGCCUGUAUCCAUGUUUUCUUGUCCUUCGACGGGGAUGAGGAGGACGAACUGUACCUCAGCACUAUUGAUAAGCUUGGUGUGUCCAUGAAGAUGGAGACAUACCCCAAGAGUAUUGAUGUCACAUAUCGAUCUGCACGUGUAACCAUUUCACGCUUUGAGCACGGAGGAAAACGUCACUGCCAGAAAGUAACUUUCAAGCUCAUCGACCGAGUUUACGAAGAGUAUCUCAAGCGCAACGACAAUCUGUUCAUUCUCUUUAUCGACUCCGACUGUAUCCUAGACAAGGUAUGCCUACAGAACUUUGUCUACGACAUGGAGCUCAGCCCUGGCAAUUCUAGAGACAUGCUAGCUAUGACAGGCGUCAUUACCUCGACGACGAAGAAACAUAGCAUCAUUACCCUGUUACAAGACAUGGAAUACAUACAUGGACAGUUGUUUGAACGAACCGUCGAAUCUGGCUGUGGUUCCGUCACUUGUCUGCCGGGAGCACUGACGAUGCUGCGCUUCUCAGCUUUUCGGAGAAUGGCCAAAUAUUAUUUUGUAGACAAAACAGAGCAGUGUAAAGACCUGUUCGAUUUUGCUAAGUGUCACUUGGGAGAAGAUCGCUGGUUAACCCAUCUAUUCAUGAUUGGAGCCAGAAAGAGGUACCAGAUCCAGAUGUGCACAUCGGCCUUUUGCAAAACCGAGGCUGUGCAGACAUAUCGGUCCCUGGUUAAGCAGCGGCGCCGAUGGUUUCUAGGCUUCAUCACAAACGAGAAUACCAUCCGAACAACAGCAUUAUUGUUCUUCAUCAUGGUUUUGGCCCUGAUAACUACAGUCAAGAAAGUGGACGACCUUCCCGUAGGCUUCAUUGCCGUCUCUUUGGGGCUGAAUUGGCUGCUGAUGCUGUACUUUGGAGCCAAGCUCCGGCGAUUUAAAAUCUGGCUCUAUCCACUCAUGUUUAUUCUUAAUCCGUUUUACAACUGGCUGUAUAUGGUUUACGGUAUAUUCACAGCAGGGCGGCGAACUUGGGGCGGGCCACGAGCCGAUGCUGCGGCGGCGGACGCUCACACGACAGCAAGAGAAGCAGUGGAACAAGCUGAGAAACAGGGAGACGAACUGAACGUGGUCCCCGAGACGUUUAAAGCGGCACGCGAAGCACGUAGGGCUGCCUCAAAUCGUAUGUCGACCGCAACCACCGAACUCGGACGCACUCGAAGCGUGGUGCGACCACCAGACAAGAUUGAUGGCAAGUUUUCGGCACGUCAGAAGACAGCAUCGGGAACAUAUGCUCAUCCAGAUGAGAUCGAUACCAGCACAGAGGAUAUCGAGAUGGGGAAGGCAACAUCCCAUGAGGUCUCGAAGCCUCAAGAGUGUGCGGAUCUCGGGGUUGGAACACAGCGAAGAAUGAAGCUCUUAAUGGAUGAGGAAAACAUUCGGAAGUACGAGAUUGCACAACAAAUGCAGGACCGAGCUUCUCAGGUGAGCGAUAUGGAGGGCAUCCGGUCUAGCCGCGGGUUCUCAGCUUCACCUAUGAGGCGUACUGAAAUUUCGGGAGAUAUGAUCACUUCCCCAAGUACGAUCGAAUACAACCAGGUCGCCCGAGAUGAACCAGUUGAAUCUCGUCGUCGGAAUUCCAUGGAGAGAAGUAUUGGUACCACCAGCGUUGACGGGGGACAAACAAGGCUUGGAUCAAACAUGUCGUUUGCUAGUCGAAUGACGAGAGGGAGGCUGAAGAAAAGCCGUUAG